UUCUUUAUUUAUUAUAAGUUAUCUGCUUUCGGAGAUGACAACAACUACAACGAUGUGCCGAAGAUGCAGACGUCCAAACCAGCGUUUUGUCGAGACAGAUCGGGUUACCUCCCUUUACCUCUGUUCCACGUGACUAGCUGCACCAUGUGUUACUUCUACCUGUUCCCGAAGAAAGGACCUUUCGUUCUGUCACGGUCAGGGUGGUCACUGCGAUCCAAAGAAGCGCCCCCACUAAAGGUCGUACCUCAUGUCGCGAAAAGAACAUCUCUUGACGUCGUCUGUUCGCGAAUGACGCACUCCAACUGUGCUAAGUGGACCGCGUGUUGCACGGGCGCCAGCACGUGCUGUCAUGACAACGUGCGGUUCAGCGGACGUGACGUGGACGGGGCGUGUCCCCCGGUGUGGGACGGGUUCUCCUGCGUGAGAAGAGCCGCAGCGGGUGAAGACGUCUCGUUAACGUGUCCGUGGUACAUCUUACACUCCAACACGGCAAACGAACAUGCACACCGGAAGUGUACUAGUAACGGCACCUGGUGGAAGGAUGAAGAAGGUCGUGAGUGGACAGACUACUCAACUUGCAUUCAUCUUGAUCUAGAAUUCUACCGCAUCGUUAAGAUUUUAUCCAUCUCCAUAAACAGCAUCAGCUCUUGUAUGCUGACAGUAGCUGUCGCCAUUUUCUUAUCUUUCAGACAGCUGCGCAUUCAGCAGAGAAUCAAAUUGCACGUGAACCUGUGUGUGUCCCUUCUCCUCACCUCGUUGGUGUUUAUUCUAUGGGACAUACUUGUCUACUACAACCGGCUGGUCCACCAUGAAGGGGAUUCACUGCUAUACACUCACAAGGGUUACUGUACUGCCCUAAACGUGACGACGCGAGUACUGAGGACGACGACGUUUUUCUGGAUGUUGUGUGAAGGGUUUUAUCUCCAGUGUCUCAUGAAGAGAGCCUUUAAACCCAUCAAAAACAUGGCCGCCUUCUACGCCUUUGGAUGGGGAUUACCAAUGAUUGUGGUUGGGUGUUAUACUGGAGUCAGACUGGGCGUGUUCGGAAACAAGUAUUGUUGGAUAACAGAAGCCGGUGGAAUAGAAUGGAUCAUAUUUGCACCAACCAUCGCGUGUAUUGGUAUUAAUCUCAUUUUCCUGUUCCUUAUUUUACGGGUAUUGUUAACACAGCUGCAAAUUCACCCCAACGAGCCUAACAGCUACAGGAGAGCCAUAAAAGCAAUGUUGAUACUGAUUCCUUUGUUCGGUUUGCACCAGUUCUUCAUCAUGUACAACCCCAAUCUUGGAGAUAAGGGUUACAAGAUUUACCAAGUGGUCACGCCCGUCAUUGUCAACUCGCAGGGUUUCCUUGUUUCACUUAUUUUCUGCUUCGUAAAUGGAGAGGUGAUAGCAAAUAUAAAAUCUGCUUGGACAAAAUGGCGACAGAAGCCUUUAAGUAGCAAACGACAUCGACCAGCAAGAAGGUCAAGUUCCAUGUUUACACUGUACUCCCAGCGAUCUGCACAAGACUUCGAGUGUCAAGCGCCGUCAUGUUAUGUGAAUGAAAUAUAUGAUCGAUCAGAUUCUGUUUCAGAUUUUGAGUGUCAACGGUCAUCUUAUGACCAAUCAGAAUCUGUGUUAGAAUUUGAGCGUCAGAGGUCAUCUUGUGAUCAAUCAGAAUCUGUGUUAGAUUUUGAAUGUCAAGCGCCAUCUUUUUUUAUUAACGAAAUUUAUGACCAAUCAAAAUCUGUGUUAGAUGACGAAUGUCAACUAUCAUCUUGUGAUGAGGAUGAACUUGCUGAACAAUCACACUCUGUGUUAGAUUCUGGAUGUCAAACGCCAUCGUGCUACGUGAAUGAGAUAGACAACCAAAUACAGAGAUAGUAUCAUAUAUUAGAGAACAGUCUUAGUAAUGAAAUACAGACAGUAU